GACUCGCCCGUUUUAUGACUUGAUAGUUUCAUUACCCUUCUAUCUUAUUUUUAUGGUAGUUGCACACGGACACUUUUAUGGCUGUACUCACCGGAAGUGUGCGGGCGUCCGCGUCACAGGAGAGGCUGUGAUUAGGUACUGGCAUCAUCGAUAUUUCAGUAGUGAAUCUCCCCUGUGGAGUGAGCCAGCAUGGCCUCUGCCCCAGCACAGCAACCCACGCUCACUGUAGAGCAGGCGAGAGUCGUUCUUAGUGAGGUGAUCCAGGCUUUCUCCGUCCCUGAGAACGCAGCCCGCAUGGAGGAAGCCAGAGAAAGCGCAUGCAACGACAUGGGUAAGAUGCUGCAGCUUGUGCUUCCUGUGGCCACUCAGAUCCAACAGGAGGUCAUCAAAGCAUACGGCUUCAACAAUGAAGGAGAGGGUGUUCUCAAAUUUGCCCGGCUGGUGAAGAUGUAUGAAACUCAGGACCCAGAGAUCGCAGCCAUGUCAGUGAAACUCAAAAGUCUCCUACUGCCGCCCCUCUCCACUCCUCCUAUUGGCAGUGGCAUCCCAACUUCAUAGAACCAUGCAAACUCCCAGUUCAUCAAGUUCAAAACGGUUUCAAAAUGUCUAGUUCAAAUACAUUCAGGUUUUCCCUUCUUAGUCAGUUUUAUCAUUUCUUAAAAGUACAAAUUGCUUAGACCACAGAAAAAUAUUUGAAUAAAAGUAAACAACUUAUUGGUGAACUUAUACAUUCCCGUUUUUCUCUUAGUCGAAUUAGUAUUCAAACCAUCGUCUUUCUCACAUAUUUAUUUUUUUGUAUUCAUAUUAAUAUUGCCAAUGUUGAAUAUGCAUAUUUAUCAAGCGUAACACUAAUUUGUUAAUGCCUUUUGAAAAUCUUGUUUGGUCUUGAAGCUUUUUAUACAGUUCAUAUUGAUAUGUCUCAUUUGCCCAUAUAAUCAUAAAUGAUAAUCUGUUACAUCGUUCCUGUGAUCAUUACUAUUUGCAAAACCGAUUAGUGUCACAUAAAUACUGUUUAUCCAAUAAAGCCAUUUUUUUAUUUAA